AUGCCGCCGACACCGUACUGGGGGCAGCUUCCGGGCCCCAGGGUUGUCGAAGACCGCCGCUCAUCUGUCGAGGGUGAUGGUGGUGUUGGUGGUGGAGGUGGUGGCCUGGCUCUGCCCAGCCACAACUCGAAGGCGAACCGAGCGUCAACCCAGACCACGGACACCCAGACUACUGCAACGACUUUCCACCCCAGUGCGACGACACCGACUGACGCUAACUUUGCUGCUGGCGGACUGGCCCCCAGACCGCCCUCUUACCAGCGACCGCCCGUCCAGGCUUCCCAGUUUGACGAUAUGGACGGCUUGCCGAUUCAACAGGUCCCCGCAGGAACUACGCGUGCGCUUCAAGAGGGCUUUGAAAAGCAACAGCGAUAUCUGCAUCGUGAACCUCCAUACUCUACCGACGGAGCCCGGCCGACAAGAAAGCUCCUCUACUCCGAACCAGACAUGGACUAUGGCGAACCCCACAGUGCCCUAGGCUAUGACCCUACUGCCGGUUAUGGAUCGGUGGACGAUGCCCCCAGACGGCCCUCCGAGAACUCUUCUGGACGCCGUAAAAAGUCUGCAACGAACAAGUCGCCACUCCAGAAGCUAGAGCUGACGCUCAACAGAAUGACCAAGGAGGAGAAACGAGCUCGUAUCGAGGCCGCCGAACGACGGGCCCGCGAGAGAGCUUCCCGACCUCCCGGCGGUGCUACUGGUCAACCAUGGGAUGCGACAUACAGCCCUCCCCACCGCAGCCGCCCUUCUGCCAGCUACGCCGUGCGCGAGCCCGAGCAUGUUUCCAAGCCGGCAGAUGCACCGUUACUCCGAGACGACUCCGUGAGUCCGGAGGUGCCUGGAUACCCACCAGCGCCCGUGAGCCGGCACAAGCAUUCCCAGAGCCAGAGCUACCGGCCCAUCUCGCCUCUCGUGCAGGAGUCGGCGGAGCCUCUGCGUAUCCCGUCAAUGUCCGAGUACAAUAGUGCCGAGUAUAACCCGAACCCUCCGACUCGCAACCUGAGCUUUCGGGAGCGUGCCGCUCGUGACGAGACGACGUUUCCGCACGAAGACGACCGAGCACCCCGGCAGCAGCAAGAGAGGAAUGCCAACUUUCCCCUCACACAAUCUGACAGCAACAAACUGGGGAAGAACCCGCCGGGGGAUGCCUGGAACCACGCGCCGGAGGACGCGGGAUACAGAGCGCAGCCUAAACCGUCGAGACGGGAUUCCACGACCGCAGCAGCAGCCGUUAAGCGUGGCGAAUCGCUGUCCGCGCGGACGCGAGACAAGGAACUCCCUCCCGAGCCGAGAGAGGCGAGAGAGGUUUCCAACGGCGGAGGCAGAGAAGCUCCACGCAUCCAGAGACGAGCAACGGAACCUGCUCACAGGGCCCAGCCCAACAGAAAUGCGCAGUAUUACCCCGAAGGUAGUGAGGCUACCCAGCGCAGGCAGGUGCCAACAGAGCGUAAGGAACGUAAGCCAGCCAUCCAGCUCGAUGCCCCGACGCGCCCCGAUAAACUCGAGGUGCAUGGCGAAGGCUACGGAUCCAAGGGCUCCCUCAGCCGCGCGCGCAGCACAGGUCACCACCAGGGCGGUCUGUACAGGCCACCUCGAUGGCUGGAUGAUUGGAAGCGAGCCCAGGUCGGCCUUCUAGGCGGUUUCCUGUUGGACGUGGGAAGAGAGGGGGGGCCGUUGUUGCUGACAUCUUUCCUAGUCCCGAGCCGGUUCAAGCCGCCGCUGUACCUCGACUGCGGCCCCCUCGUGAGAUAUUCGGGCUUGCGUCGCGAAAGAGACAUGUCUAGAUCAAGAAUCGGACCAGCCGCUGACAAGGAGAUCUGGAGGGGAAGCAUCAUGAUUGUCACCAAGGACUCGGAUUCGUCCUACGAAGUGAACCCGACGCUUCGCCUCUUUGUCCAGGAUAUGGAGACACUCCCCGCCCCGCCCCACGAUAUUCGCGGCGAGCUGCCUCCCGAGUAUGUCGACCCCAUCGCGGGACACCCAAAGUUGGGUCGUAGAGGCGAGACGCUGUUCUUGCGUCCCGUCGAGCACCUUGCCGAGGGAAGGGACCUGUCCCAGGACGAGACCGAGAACGGUCUCUUCGAGUCGACAAAGAGUACCUUUGACGGAGCCUCCGCCGAUGGCUCGACUGACUUCCCCGGAAGCUUCGCGUGCCGCAUCAAGCGCGCAGACGUGGACGGCGAAAAGCUCCACCGCUACAAGGAUGUGCUGGGAUUCCGACUGCAUGCCGAGCAGGGCAGCACCUUUUGGAGGUUCAACAUUGAGGUGGAGCUGCGAGACAAGCAGCAGCGCAUCGCCUACCGCAUCAACCGCGGACCGGCCAACGCCUUUUGGGUGCCCGCCAAGGGCGAGGACAUGCAUGUCAUGUUCCACAGCUGCAACGGCUUCAGCAUGGGCGUUCAGCCAGAUGACCUGAGCGGACCGGACCCGAUGUGGCGCGAUGUUCUGAACACCCACCAGAUAUCGCCCUUCCACGUCAUGGUUGGCGGCGGAGACCAGAUCUAUAACGACGAUGUGGCCGACGAGUGCGACCUGUUCAUCGACUGGCUGGAGAUUAGGGACGCGGAGGUGAAGCGCAGCGCCCCCUUCACACCGGACCUGCAGGCCCAGGUAGAGUCCUUCUACUUCCGGCGCUACUGCACGUGGUUCUCCAGGGGCAUGUUUGGCCUGGCCAACUCGCAGAUACCCAUGGUCAACAUCUGGUCGGACCGCGAGACGUUCAACGGAUUCGGCUCGUAUCCCCACCAAGACAUGAGAUCUCCGGUGCUGUCGGGCGUGGGCGCCGUGUCCUUCAAGUACUACAUGCUCUUCCAGCACCAGAGCAUCAUCCCCGAGACGGAGGAAUCGGAGCCCAGCUGGAUCCUCGGCAGCGAGCCCGGGCCCUAUGUAAAUGAACUGGCGCACAACGUCUUCGUCUCGUUGGGUCCCAAGGUCGCCUUGCUGGCUGCCGACUGCCGCACGGAGCGGACGGAGGAUGACGUCAUCUUCGACAAGACCUGGGAGAGAGUCAUGGACCGACUGUAUGCCGAGUUGAAGCGUGGACAUGUCGAGCAUCUGCUCGUCGUGUUGCCGGUCCCGAUUGCCUACCCCAGGGUGGCCUGGUUGGAGAAUGUGCUCAAAUCAAGGGCAAUCAACCCGAUCAAGGCUCUCGGUAAAAGAGGCCUCCUGGGCAAGACCCUGAACAACCUUGAUGGAGGUUUUGAGAUGAUGGAUGACCUGAGAGAUCACUGGACGGCCAAGAACCACAUGGACGAGAGGAAGAUUGUCAUCGAGGACCUGCAGGACCUGGCCAUCGACAAGUCGCUCCGCAUCACGAUUCUCAGUGGCGACGUUAACAUGGCAGCUGUGGGCCAAUUCUGUUCCGACCCUAAGCUUGGGCUAGCUAAGCACAAGGACCCGCGCUACAUGCCCAACGUCAUCUCGUCGGGGAUCGCCAACAUGCCUCCGCCCGGAAUCCUGGCCGACGCCCUCAACAAGCGCCACAAGACGUACGAGUUCGACAGGAAGACGGAAGAGAGCAUGAUCCUCAUGUUCAGGCACGGCGUAGACGGCCGACCCAGGAAGAACCAGCGUCUGCUACCGCACCGCAACUGGUGCUCCAUCCGCCAGUGGGCUCCAGGUAACACGCCGCCGCCCACGCCGCCACUGUCGGAGAGGAGCGCGAGCCCGCUACCGUCGGGCAAUGCCUCCGGCAGCGGCCUCCUACGACGUCUGUCCCUGGGCAGCUCAUCGAGGCCCAACAUGUCCCGGGAUUCGGUGCGUGCCUCCUCUCGCCCGCCCAUCUCUAACAGUGGCCACGGCGGGGGAAUCUUCCGCAGCCUGUCGCGCAGCCUGUCACGCCGGCGCAAGUCGACCAGCGAGAACGAGAGGCCGGCUACGCUGACCCGCACCGUAUCCUCGGGUGGCCCCGACCUGGAAAAGCGCGGCCGAGGCUUCAGUUUCGGGCGCCGCAACAGCCAGAGCCAGGCGGACAACUACGUUGACGCCGCGGCCAACUGGCGUCGGAGAGAUGACCAAGAGCCGGCAAACGGCGACGACUACCACCUCGAGAGACGUCACACCCGCGCCGGCUCGCAGCAUGUCACCCUCCGCGGAGGCGCAGCCUACGACGAAUUUUCCGUGGGCGACGAAGCCCGAUUCACCGCCCGCCCACCGCAGCGGUCCUACACCGUGGGCUCCAAGCCCACGAGCUACGACCCGUACGGAUCCGUGGCGCAAGGCCCCACCCCUGCGCCCAGGCCUUUCCACCGCACGCCCACGGGCCUGUCGGCGAAGCAGAUGCGCAACGCGGAUGACUACGAGGUCAAUCUCGAGGGUGGCCUGGAUAUCUGCCUCAACGUGGAGGUCAACCCCAGAGACCCCACGGGUAUCACAGUGCCCUACAGGCUGCUGGUGCCAAAGUUGGACUUUGACUAUUCCCCCGAGGCGGAUCGGAUUUCGGAGCCGAAAGCUGAGCAGCCGCAGCCGCAGCAGGAGCAGCCGCAGCAGGAGCAGGAGCGGCCGCAGCAGGAGCAGCCGCAGCAGGAGAAGAGGCCUACCGGUAUCAAGAGGUUUCUCAGUCUGAGGAGCAAGGCUAGGGCGAAGGAGGAGGAGCAGAGGCAGCAGGGAUAUGAUGACGACGAGCUAGCGGUGGAUGAUGAACUAUACCAGGGCCAACGGUACUGA